AUGCGCAAUGCACAACUAAGCUACAAUCACCUCAACUACCUCGACCGCACCAACAUUGGAAAUGCGUACCCGGGCGGCAUGGGCACCGACCUCAAUCUCACCUCCUCCGACUACUCGCUCGUCCUGUCCAUCUUCUUCGUCGGCUACCUCCUCUGGGAGGUGCCCUCCAACAUGAUGCUCGCGCACUCGACCCCGCGCGUCUUCCUCCCGACCAUCAUGUUCAUCUGGGGCGCCAUGUCGAUCGGCGCAAAGGGCAUCCACAACCUCGGCGGCAUGGUCGCGUUCCGCUUCGUCCUCGGCCUGGUCGAGGCAGGCUUCUUCCCCGGAGUUAUGCUCCUCAUGUCCUGCUGGUACAAGCCGGCCGAGCUCUCCAAGCGCGUCGCCAUCUUCUACACGGCCGCCCUGAUGGCCGGUGCCUUCGGCGGUAUCCUCGCCGGCCUGAUCAUCGAGGGCCUCGAGGGCAAGGCCGGCACGCGCGGCUGGAAGUGGCUAUUCAUCAUUGAGGGUCUUAUCACCGUAUUCUUCGCGAGCAUCGCCUUCUUUGUCCUCCCCAACUACCCCGCCACGACCAAGUGGCUCACCGAGGAGGAGCGCGAGCUCGCCAUCAACCGCCUCCGUGUCGGCGCCGGUGCCGACGCGCCCGAGGAGCACGUCUCGCACUUCCAGGCCUUCAAGGACGCCUGCAAGGACCCCAAGACCUGGGUCUUUGUUGUAGUCUACAACCUCAUCAACGGCGCCGGCACCAUCUCGUACUUCUUCCCCACGCUCAUGAAGACCCUCGGCUACACUGGUCGCAAGAUCCAGUUCAUGACCGUCCCCAUCUACGCCGUCUCGCUCGUCAUCUCGGUCACUGGCGGUAUCAUCGCCGACAAGACGCGCCAGAAGGCCUUUGUUGUCCUCGGCGCCGCGCUUCUCUCCACCGUCUCGUUCAUCAUCAUCACGGCCGUCAAGAACUCCAAGGUCCGCUACGCCUUCCUCUGCUUCGGCGGUGCCGGUAUCUGGACUGCCGUCCCCGUCUUCCUCUCGUGGAUGGUCACCAUGUUCGACGGACGAGAGAAGCGUGCCGUCUCCAUCGCCCUCGUCAACGGCUUUGGUAACCUCGCCUCGGUCUACGGCUCCUUCCUCUGGGACAAGAAGUACGCCCCUGGCUACCUCCCCGGUUUCGCUACCACCACCGCGCUUUGUGGCUGCAUUGCCAUCGUUGUUACCUUUGCCCGCUUCAUGUGGGGCGACAAGGGUGUCGCCAAGACCUCGUAG